GCGCCGGCCGCAGGGCCCAGCCCCGCCGCCUGCCCCGCCCAUGGGCCGCGGGCCCCCGCCGCCGCCGCCCGCCUGGAGGACCGCGCCGAGCCGCGGAGCCGCCUGAAGGACCGCCGCGGCCGCGCCGCAGGUCACCUGGAUGUCAGCAUGGCAGCCACGAACCUGGAGAACCAGUUGCAAAGUGCCCAGAAGAACCUCCUGUUCCUGCAGCGGGAGCAUGCGGGCACGCUGAGGGGGCUGCACGCGGAGAUCAGGCGGCUGCAGCAGCACUGCACGGAUCUGACAUAUGAGUUGACACUGAAGAGUUCUGAGCCGACAGGAGACGGCUCUUCCAGAAGCGCUGAGCUGAAGAGACGAUGUGAGGACCUGGAGGCCCAGCUGAAGGCCAAGGAGGAUGAGAACAGGCAGCUGCUAGAGGAGCUGGGGCAGAAGAGCGCCCUGAUGGCGGUGCUGGAGAACACCCUCAAGGAGCGGGAGAAGAAGUACCUGGAGGAGCUGAAGGUGAAGAGCCACAAGCUGAGCCUGCUGUCGGCCGAGCUGGAGCAGCGCGCCAGCACCGUGGCAUACCUGACCGCGCAGCUGCACGCUGCCAAGAAGAGGCUCCUGAGCUCCAGUGGCACCUCAGACGCCAGCCCAGCUGGAGGCACCCCGCUGGCCAGCUACAAGCCCGCGCCCCCCAAGGACAAGCUGCCCGAGACACCGCGCCGCCGCAUGAAGAAGAGCCUCUCCACCCCGCUGCACCCCGAGUUCGAGGAGGUCUACAGACUGGGGGCCGAGAGCCGCAAACUCCUCCUGCGCGAGCCUGUGGACGCCAUGCCUGACCCCACCCCGUUCCUGCUGGCCCGGGAGGCGGCCGAGGUCCAGCUCAUCAAGGAGCGGCCGCUGGUCAUCCCGCCCAUUGCCUCGGACCGUGUGGCAGGCGGGCAGCACAGCCCAGCCCGCGAGAAGCCGCACAAGGCCCACGUCGGGGUGGCCCAUCGCAUCCACCAUGCCAGCCCCCCACAGCCCCAGCCAGAGGUGGAGACGCUGGCCGUGGACCAGGUGAACGGAGGCAAGGCAGUGCGGAAGCACUCAGGGACGGACAGAACUGUGUGACCGUGGCCCGCACUGUCCACGCACCAUGAGCGCCACAGGGAACCCCACCGCACCUUUUUCUUUACCUCCCACGCAUGCCAAAUUGUUUUCAGACCUGUCCACCAACUCUCCUGCUCCUCCUGCCCCACGCUGCAGACGCCACAAUACGACCGUGUCCUUGCUGCAGAAUGCAUAAUCUACUAACGCUGUGGCCACAACCCACAUGCCCAGCCGCUUGCUUCCAAGCCCACUCCGUGUCGUCCAGGCGCACUCGUGGACAGGCACCGGCCACAGGAUGCACACUGCGCCACGUCCUCGGAGCAGACGGGCACGCGCCUGAGUGUACAGCCAGCCACGCACAGCGACCUCGACCACCCUCCAGGGCAGCCUGUGGAGCAGCCGCUCCCUCUGGAGACCCCGCACCUCCCUCCUCCUCCCCCGGGCGGCACUUGUCACCGAGCAGCUGUAUGUAGAUGUCCAAAGGAACUAAAUAAGAUGACGUUGCUCUUCAUGUCACCACAACCUGAAUGUGUGUUCAUAUUUUUUGUUAGUCUUACCCAAAAUGUUCCAGAUCCCAACAAACUUUAUUUUCUAAACCUGC